GCUGGAAAGGCGGCGCUGAUCGGGUAUUCCGUCAUUUGCGAUCAUGUCGGUGACCUUUCGAGUGCUCUCGCCCAACGAGGCCGAGGCCGCCCACGCGAUCGAGGUCGCCUCGUACGCGCCCGGGAAGGCGGCGACGUUGAUGCAGAUCCGCGACCGCAUCCACCGCGCAAGCGACUUCUUUUUGGGUGUUUACGAGGCGGCGACGCUGGUCGGCUUUGUCAACGGGACGCUCUCAGCGCAGCGAGAGCUCACAGAAGACAGCAUGGCUGGGCACGACCCGCGUGGCCACUACCUCUGUAUCCACUCGCUCGUCAUUGCAGCGUCGCACCGCCGCCAAGGCCUCGCGACCAAGCUCCUCUCGACGUACGUGCGCCGGCUCGUGGACGAGACCAACGUUGCGCUCAUUGCGCUCUUGGCCGAGCCGGCCCACGUGGCCUUUUACGUCAAAUGCGGCUUUGCCGUUCUCCGCAUGUCGCCAAUCGCGUACAAUCAAGCGCCCGAUUUGGAGCUCGCCUUCGACUGCAGAGCCGUACGCCAGCUCGACGUUGUCGUCGUCGACGCUUUUGCAACGAGACCGUACGAAGGCAACCCCGCGGCCGUCGUCGUCAUCAGCUGCCGCCAGUUUGACGCACCGGGCGUCGACCACUGGAUGCAGCAAGUGGCCAUGGAGCGCAACUUGAGCGAAACCGCGUACGUGGCGCCGCUGAGCGAAGCGCAUGUCGGGCAGAACGAGUACCGCCUGCGGUGGUUCACGCCAGGCUGUGAGAUUCGACUCUGUGGCCAUGCGACGCUGGCCGCCGCGUUCACGCUCUUUGAAGGCGGCCAUUGCGACAAGACGGAGUGCAUUCGCUUUCACACGCUGUGGGAGCGGUGUGCUCACGACGCGCUACGUCGUCCAGCCCGACGGCCGCUCCGAGAUCGAGAUGGACUUUCCAUCUCUUGUCCAGCAAGAGCACGACGAUGCCUGGCGCUGUGCGACGUCGUCGACGCUGCUGCACGCUCUGCAGCUUGCGAACAGUGAAAUUCUCGCGGUCGUCGAAUAUGGUACCAAGGUUCUCUGCCAUGUGCGACCGUCGGCGUACGACGCGGUGCAGCCGGACUUUGCACUGCUCGCGACGCUGCCUUGCCAGUCGGUCGUCCUCACGUGCGCAGCGCCCUUGGCGUCGGGCUACGAUUUCUACAGUCGCUUCUUUGGCCCGAACGUCGGCGUUAAUGAAGACCCAGUGACAGGCAGUGCCCACUGCGCGCUCGCCCCGUAUUGGCAUGCGUACCUUCCGACGCACCCGCGGCAAUUCCGCGCCCGCCAAACGAGUCGGCGUGGCGGCGACGUCGGCGUGCGCCUGACCGAUGACAACCGCGUCUUCCUCACUGGAUCGGCCGUCAUGACGCUGCGGGGAAAAAUGCUCGAAUGACGCUUUGCAAGCGCAGCCGUCUGCUGCUAGCUCCUCGAAACUAACCCCACUAAGCCGGCUGCACCAAAGCCCUUUCGCUUGAGUCUUAUCGGUGCAUGGCAUGCCAAUGCAGCGUCCGGCGUUGGCAGAUGAGAUGCACUUGCAGGU